AUGCCCAGCCUAAUCUCGCCCUCAGAGCGCGACUACAUCCUCAAAGGAAUCGAAUGCAACAUCCGAGCCGACGGACGCCAAAGACCAGACUACCGUGAGGUCAUCCUCGAGACCGGCGUUAUCUCCCAGACCAGCGGCUCUGCUCGUGUCCGCCUUGCAGGAGGCACUGAUGUCCUCGUCAGUGUCAAGGCUGAUAUUGGACCCGUCCUGGUCGACCCCGAGACUGGAGAGGGCGCUGACAAAGGACAAAUCAUCUGCAACGUGGAAUGUGCUCCAAGCGCGUCGCAGCAGUUCGAAGGACGAGGCGCUGACGAACUCAACAACGAACUCACACAAAUGAUGACCCGCUUCCUCUCCCACAACACCACCACAUUAUCCACACCAUCAUCCACAACACCGUCAUCAACAGGAGCACCAAAUAACAACGGAGCAGGAGGAAUCAACCUGUCGAAACUCUGCAUCAUCCCUGGCGAACAGUGCUGGAUCCUUUACGUCGAUGCACUGGUUCUGGAUUACGGUGGAAACUUGGUCGAUGCCGUCUUUAUGGGCACCCGUGCCGCUAUUUUUGAUACCAGGAUUCCCAAGACCGAGGUCCAGGAUUUGGGCGAUGGAAACUUUGACUUUGAGGUUCUGGAUGAUGCCGAGGAUACUGAGGUUGUUGAGGGGCGGGAAGAUAUGCCCAUUUGCAUCACUUUGAACAAGAUUGGGGCUCGUCAUAUUGUGGAUGCUUCGCCAUUGGAAGAACUGUGUACAGAGGCCAAGCUGGUGGUGGCUGUCAACCGUUCAGGAGAGCUCUGUGGAUUGCAAAAGGGUCAGGAUGGCGGAAUCGAGCCCAGUCUGUUGUUGGAGAUGAUCCAGUUCGGAAAGACUCUUGGACAAACCUUGAUCAAGCAAUUGGACGCAAAGAUCAAGGCAGAGGCAGAGGCAGAUACUAUCAAGAGACAGAAUGGCCAACCUGUGGUCAAGUUGGGUUUCUUUGCUCAGUAG